ACAUGAUGAAUAAUUCUUCUGAACAGAAUCAACUCGCUCACUCAUCUCUUUCAGCUCAAGACAUGGAUACUCUCACGUUUGCCUAUCGAGUUCGAGGUUGGCUUCAUGAUUCCAUCGAAGAUUUAAGUAAAUCCAUUGAACUCAAUCCUCUUUUGUAUAAUGGAUAUUACUUGAGAGCUCGUGUCUACUUUUACACCCUCAAACAAACGGAUAUGGCACUGCAAGACAUUCAUACAUGUCUUUCAUUGCAUCCAUAUUGUACUGAAGCAUAUCUGACAAGAGCCAAUAUAUAUGAACAAGAAUCAAAUACGGAAAAGGCGAUUGAGGAUUUUGAGAAAGCCUUAUCAUUGAAACCACAACAACUUGGUCAAGAUCCACAGUUACUGGACCGAUUAGCUGUUUUGUAUUGGAACAUGGCGUAUAAAUCGGCGAGUAGUAAUAGUAGCAAGCACAACUGGCACACUCAUCUUGAAAAGAGUAUUCAACUCUAUAAAGAGGCUAUAGAAAUCAUUUCCAAUCGAAUGGCUCAGAGUGAAACACAACCAAUUGGCAAUUCAGAUGACUCUCGAUAUGAUCUUCAAGGAGGUACAGAUGUUAGUGAUCAUAGUGGUGGUAGUAAUGGUGUUGAAAUGACAUCUACUACUACUCUCACCCCUCAUGCAAGUCGUGAUUCAUUGAACAUUCGUGAACAAGAUCAUAGAAUUGUAAUGUGCUUACAUAUUGCAAGCAUGUAUGGAGCGAUGGAUCAAUAUCAACAUGCACUCAAUUAUUAUACAAAAGCAAUCAAAUUUAUUCACGAGAUGGAGCAUCAGGAAGGAGUGAAUUCAAUCUAUCGACAUCAAGCAUAUGUGAAUCGAGGAUUAGUAUUAGCGCAACAUUUCAAAAAGUAUGAUUUGGCAUACAAGGAUUUUAUGAAAGCGCUUGUUGUCGACUCGUCGAAUAAGAGCACGCAUGACAAGACUCAACAUGAAAUUCAAAAUUACCAAAUCUAUGUGACCAAUACUGAGUUGGCCAUGUUACAUGUGAAAAUGAAUGAAAUUGAUAAGGCAUGCGAUUACAUGAUUCGAGCAGUGAAUGCACUUGUUGAAAUUUAUACAAAUCAUGAGGUUAGCAGUGACGGUAGUGUGCAUGAAUCUCAUGUGGACGGAAACAAUCAAAAAGUGUCACCACACCAAGCACCUUCAUUUCGGUUUGACUUGAUUAUGCGCGGAAAAUCUCUUGAAAGAUUGGCAUUUUUAAUUAAGGAAGCGUUUUGUAAUAAUUCUAACUUCACUCAUCCCAUAGGACGUGCAUUACACUGUUUGGAUAUGUUAUGCGUUCUUGAGGAAGACUAUGAAAACGCUCUCAAACUGUUAAACAUAUAUAUUGAUGAGUUACAUUUACAAGAACAGUUGUCCAUGAUAUAUGCCAAUCGAGCAGAUGCCAAGCUUAAAUUAGGAAAAUAUCAUGAAACAAUUCAAGAUUGCAAUUCAUCGUUGGAAAUUGAACCAAACUUUUAUGCUGCCUUGUAUAACAGAGGAGAAGCUUAUUAUCACUUACAAGAAUUGGAUAAGGCAAAGCAAGAUUUUGAUCAAGUCCUUGAAAUCGCUCCUUUUAUGAGGAACGAGUUAUUGGCUCUAUGGCCUAAUUUUGAUGAAUACUAA